UUUAUGACACACUUUUUGUCAGACGCUCAGUAUAUCAUUGUCAUCUCAUGUUUGAAUAUAAUAUGAAAUUAUGAGUAGGAAGUUCUAACAUAUUUUUUUUCGAUGAUGCAAGCAAAAGAUAAAUAAAGGAAAUAAAAAUGGCUGCGCCCAGUGAAAAUCAAAAGUCACCAAGUUCAAACAAUGACGGUGAAAUUGACAAGGAAUUAAAUGAGUUAUUGGAUGAUGCCCUGGAAGAUUUUGACAAACCAGGUGUAGGAAAACAGACAGCUGGGGCAGAAGGUGGCAAACCAAAGGAAACUUUGUCCAGUGGUGGAGACCCUAUCUCAGAUGCAUUUGCGGAACAGUUUUCUGAUGAGCUGUCGAAGGAGUUUGAGGAUGCCAUGAAGACAUUCUUAGCAGAUGAUCCUGCAAUGAUGCAACAGAUUGAAAAAUUAGCAGAUGCUGCAGGGUGUGCAGGUGAUACUGCAGAAGGACAGAAAGAAUUUGGUGAAACACUCAAGCAGACACUGAACAGUCUUGCACAAAAUACAGAAGGAUUACAGGAUCAUGGAGCUGCGGGCAUGGAUGAUGAAAUGAUGAAAAUGUUUUCUGGAAUGGGCUUGGAGGCGGGCGGCCAGGAUGAUGGGUUUAUGCCAAUGAUGCAGAAUAUGAUGAAAACUUUGUUGUCAAAGGAUGUUCUCUAUCCGUCAUUGAAAGAAAUAUCAGAAAAGUAUCCAGCUUGGUUAACAGAAAACAAAGGAAAAAUCACAGACAAGGAGCAUACCAACUAUACCAAACAGAGUGAGAUAAUCAAAGAUAUUUUGGCCGAAUUUGAAACUGAAAAUUCAACAGAUUCAGAAGAAGUUAAAAAGCAACGAUUUGAGAAAAUUAUGGAUAUGAUGCAAAAAAUGCAGGACCUUGGUCAGCCACCUAAGGAUAUUGUUGGUGAUAUGGCUCCCGGCUUGGACUUUGAUGCAAAUGGUGUACCAAAAUUCCCUGGGACAUCAGAAGCUUGCUGUGUCAUGUGAUCUCCCAUCUUCAUUGUGAUUGGUUCAUUAUGAAUUAGACUUCAGAUGUUUGUUGCAUCAUGUGACCUUCCAUCUUUUUUGUGAUUGGUUCAUUUUGAGUAACACUUCAGAAGUUUGUUGCAUCAUGUGACCUUCCAUCUUUGUUGUGAUUGGUUCAUUUGGAAUCAUGUUGUCAUGUGAUAGCCAUUUGUCAAUAAUGGCCUUUAAACUAUUUUGCUAUAGAAUGAGCAAUUCUUAUUUGUAUAUAUUGGCAAGCAUUCUCUGUGCAAUUUUUUUUAAAGCUUUUUUUGUAAGUUCUUACUUCUUAAUCAUGAAAAACUGCUGGUUUUUUUUUUUUCAAACAAUGAAAGCCGUAAUCCUAGGACUUUGUGAAAAACUUUAACAAACAUUCUAGUAUUUCCUUGUCGAGAUUUUUAUGAACAAAUGGUAUGAUUUUUAUUAACAAAACUAAUGUAUUAAUUAAAUUAAAAUUAAAUUAAAAUUUAUGUAGGUUUCCAAACAGCGGAAUUAAUGGUCUUCCAUUUCAGUAUGAUAUAAAUGGAACUAUGGUAUCUUGUAAAAAAUGUUGUAUUUUAGUGUACACUUGAUUUUUUUAUAGAUGUGUAAUGAACCUAGGUUUCAUGUUGGCGUGAUAUUUUACAAGACAAGAGUCACUAAGCACUGGCCUGUUAAGCUGAAAUAAGUUAGGAGUUGAAAUUUUUUACUCCUGUCCAAAACUAUCACAUUGUACAGCUUAUGUUAAUAGAUUUCAUUUCUUGCUUACUUGUUUUGAUACGCGCUUGAGGUUUAUUUCAUAAAGACUUUUGUGAAAGGCAUUAAAAAUAAAUGUUAGAACUGAUGCAUGCAGAUCUGUUAUAGACAUGCAUUUCUAUCAUAACCUUUUAAAUGUGGUUAAAAGAGCAUGUCUGUCAUUGUGCAAUGUCUGUUGUGUGUUGCCUGUCUUUUUUUUUCAGACCCAACCAUACACUGUCCUUUGAUUUAAAAUUGGAAUAUUUAGAAAACAAGAAUUAUGUUUUUAAUAAAAAUAUUACUGUAGAGGUUAAGAUUCAGUAGUAUUAGUUAAAAUUGUGUAUAGGUUUAAAAUCAACAAAGGCAGACUUGCCUUUGUAGAAAUUAGUGGUGGGAGUUUGUCUAGAUACAAAUUUCAGACUCAGUUUGUCAGUGACCUUUAAAGGUUAUAAUUGUGUGAUGGAGAUUUUGUAUACAGUGAAAGGGAAACGGUUCCCUCAAGGACAGGGGUGGCUCUAGCAGUGCUUGUGUUGCUGGGCUAAUAUUUUCUAUUUUUGGAUAGAGUGGUUAAGGUCACUGAUGUUGAAUCACUUGCCCCAUACCAAUGUAGGUUUGGAAUUGAAUUCUUCAUGUGAGGAAGCCAUUCAGCUGGCUUAUGGAAGGUCGGGGUUUUACCCAGAUGCCUAUCCAUGAUGAAAUAGUGCCUGGAGUGCACCAUGGGUCUUCCUCCACCAUCAAAGCUAGAAAGUCACCAUAUGACCUAUCGUGUCAAUGCAGUGUUAAACCCAACAAAUAUAAGAAAAUGUUCGGAUCGCUUGGAACCCAGGAUAACUUGAACAUUUUGCUUGUCUCAAUGCGACUCCAGGUGGUCAGUGUUUUACUAUAGUUUAUGCAUGAUUGAAGCUGCUCUAUAAAAUGAACAUUUGAAAACUUAAAGAGGAGCAAAUGAAAUAAAUAUACUGGAUGAAAAAAUAGGCAGGGUAAUUUGUUUUAUACAAGGCGUUUAAUUUUAUUUUUCUUAAAUGUUUGAAUUGUAGAGAAAUUGUGAACAUGUUGCAAGUAAUAUAUUGUUUUAAUUAUUCAGUGUUAAAGUAUUUAGUUGAUAUAAUGUUUUUGACAUAGAGGUACUUAUCAUUAAUGGGUGUUUUAGUCCCCUAAUUUUCAUAAACUUUCAAAUAUGGUAGUCUUACUGCCCUUCCAAAUCCUUCUUCCUGCUAUUGUUUAAUUUAAAUAAAACACAGUUUUAAUUUCAAUACUCUGCAUCAUGAUAAAAUAUCAAUAAUGUACCAAAUGUGCCAUGUAAAUCCAAUUAAUGCAAGGAUCUCACUUCUGGUCUAUCUGUCUGCCUCUCAGUAUGAUUCAGACAGUUGUUUACCAGUUUACAGUUCUUAUUUGUUUGAAUUUAGACUUUGUAAACAUGUUAACACCAGAUCUAGUCUUUUUAGCAAAGUUCAAAAUUUACCUCCCUUCUCUCUCUAUAUGUUUAUUCCUACAGUAUUACCUAUACUAUUUGAAAAAGAAGAGGAGAUUAUCUUUUGGCAAAUAAAACAGGAGCUUCACCAUUGCUUUAAAGAUUCAUGGUAAAUAUUGGCUAGUUUCAUUCCAUAUUUUAGGGAUAUCAAAUAAAAUCUCCCAUUUCCAGAAUGGACAUGACUAAAGUGUGAUUUUUUAAGGAAUUGAAUUUUUUAAUUUCUCUGAUAGUGUAAAUUUUAGUUGCAUUGUUGUGCACCAUUUGUUCUUAUCACAUUUGAUUGAGUGGAUCAAACCUUAUGUUUUAUGUACCAUAUACAUUGUAGUUAUUUAUACGGAUGUAUAGGCUGAUCUUGGUCUGCACUGGUUGCAAAGGCAGAAUCACUUGCUGCUAGCAGGCUAAAGGUUAAUUAUGUAUCAAUGGCUAAGUGUGUUGCUUAUAUAAGAAAGAUAGUGAAAUUUCUAGUAGAAUUGUCCCAAAGGAAAAUUGAUCAGCAGAAUGAUGAUGGGACCUGUAUGGCCAAGUGAUUACAGUCACUGACUGUGAAUCUCUUCCCUCUCACCUCUUGGUUUGAGCCCUGCUCAGGUCAUCAUGUGAGGAAGCCAUUCAGCUUGAAUACAAACAGUUGGCGGUUCUACCCGGGUGCCUCUCCAUGUCUCAAAUAAAGGUCAGAGGGGCACAUGGCGUCAUUCUUUACCAUUGAUGCAGGGAAGUCGGCAUAUGGUCUGAACCAUUCCAGUGUAGAAAAAUCAAAUUGUGAAUAUACUGAAUUAAUAAAUCUUUAGAUAUUCAUAAUUUCUUUACAGAAUACCUUUCUUUUUUCCCUGGGGAUUUUUAAAACAGUAGUUUGAAACAAAAGUGAUAGAAGUGUGUAAGUUGGGACAGAUAUUAGAUUAUUUACAUUUGUAAAUUAUUUUGCAAUACACAACUCUACAAGUAUGGGAUUAUUAUAAAUGUCAUUGAUAUGAAAUGUUUUUUUCUAUUGUAAGUUCCAGUGAUAUUUUAUACAUUCUUGUACUUCUAGUAUUAAUACAUGCCUGUAUCAUUAUAGAACGAGUGUUUUAAUUUGUAUGGCGAGUGUUUUGAUUUGUAUGGUAAUGUCUUGUGAUUGUAAACAGGUAACCCAUUUUUUGUCUUGAUUGUUAAGACUAUUUAAUAUAUUAUGUAAAAUCAAGAAUUAAAAUCGAAAUAGAUACAUUA